ACUGUGUUUCAUUACACUAGUGAUCCUUCAGCCUCAAUAGCAAAUUCGACAUUUGCUGAGGUUCGGACUCUUUAACCUGCUGCUGCUUAGCCUUAAUUACUGCCUUAGAUCUCAGCAUGGCUCAUCAAUUCUCAAAUCCGCACCAGUCCCACCCGACACAGAUGCCUCUCAAUCACCAGAACAUUGGACAGCAGCGACAAGGCCCUGUGGCGCAACAACAGAUGCCGGCAAUGGGCCAACAAAGGGCCAUGCAAGGCCAGCAGCUCCCUCAGACCUCCUUUUCAUCAAGCUUCGACCCGCAAUUUGCCCUCUUCACUUUCGAGAAGGCCAAAGGCGUUGAAAGCUGGGAAGACGUCGAAGCCGAACAACAGCACAUCAAGGCCCAGGACCUCCAGAACGAAGUGAAGAAGUUCCAGAGGAACAAAAAAUCGGUCAAGAAUGUCUUGAACGAGAUAUCGUCUUCCAACUGCCGGCGGUUGAUCAACGAGCUCGUAGAGGAAGAGAAUCACAUACUGUUCAACAAGAACAGGACUCUGCAAUGGAGCAUCGCCAGCCUCGAUGUAGAGUGGAAAACAAUCAACCGUCGUCAUCGACAACUGAAACGUGUUUCGGUAAUCCUUCAGACUGGACCAUCCGGAUAUGAUGAUCCUUCAGCCAUGAAGAAUCCCACUCCCAUGGCCAUGAAGCCUCAACCUAUGCAAUCUAACCAGUCAUUCCCGCAGCAACCGAACCAAGCGGCACAAGAAAUGCCGCAGCCGCCACGAAACCUCCCACAUCCAGCUCAGCCGCCUAUGGGGCAGCAAGCACCGCCAGCGCGAAUGCCGCCACCUCCAGGACAACCCCAUGGGCAACCUCACGGACAACCUCACGGACAACCUCACGGACAGCCUCAUGGACAGCCUCAUGGACAAGCUCCACCCCCACCCCCACCCCCACCGCCUCCACCGGGCAUGGCGCAUCUUCCGCCGCCCCCGCCCGGUGCACCAUCUCUUUCACAUCUGCCACCUCCGCCUCCGGGUUCUGCUCAUGCCAUGCCGCGUCCACCAGCACAUGGACAGCAACAACCUCGGGCCAUGCCCGGCUCGUUCCCAGAAACGAUUCAGCGUCCUGCGAUGCGACCUGGCCAGCCAGACAUAACAUUCUUGAACACUUCUGAUCCGAAGAGACAACCCAAGCACAGGGGUCGCCAUGACGAGAUGUCUACUGAGUCAGAAACCGACAGUGAUGACUGGGAAUCGGAGUCUGGAGACUCAUCUUCUGAUCGCUUUCGCAUUCGUCAUGUCGAGCACGGUGAGUUUGCUCACGUUGGCAAACCCAACAACCGUGGCCGCUCAAGGCAGUCCUCGCGAUCGAAGAAGUCUCGACGCAACAAGUCGCACAGCAAGGUCAGGAGUCGCAGCAGAGGCCAUGCUCGACCUGAUACACACCGAAGGUACCGCGACUCAGACCUCAUCGACCCACCGCCUAUGGGCAAGUACAGCCCGAUGUCAUCGAAGAACAGCUCUCCCAGCUCCUCCAAACAGCAGCUUCCACCCAUCCACAUCCACAUGAACACCGCUACGGCUGAGAAGCUGACACGCGCAAACGAGCGCGUUCGACGCGACAGCCACGGUGCAUCAUCACCAGACUACAGGAAAGAGAAGUUCACCGCCGAGCCCAUGUCGCGCGGCAACUCCUGGGACCGGCACAGCGGCACAGUCUCAUUCAACGACAACUCGUCCGUCCACACGGCCGACGACAGCGUCUUCUCCUCGCCCGAGCGCCACGGGCGCCGCAGCCGCCACGCCUCCGACAUCGUCGAGCACUCGCCCAAACUGCGCUCGCGCAACCUGCCCCACCGCCAGGAGAGUUACGGCCACCCACACCCCAGCCACAUCUACGGCGACGUCGACGCCCGCCCGCGCCGCGCCCCCUACCCAACCCCCAACGACUACCCCCACGACCCGCGCCCGCGAGACUCGUACUUCGACGACCUCCCGUACAACACCCGCCCGGCCGCGCACCGCCGCAACAGCGUCCAGGCGCCGCAGAACAACCCCUUCGACGCCGCGCGCUUCCCGCCGCGCCUGCCCCGCGCAAACACGUUCGCGCCCGAGAUGCACGAGCCCGCGUACGCGCAGCGCGAGCCGCGCUACAUCGCGGAGCAGCCGGCGCAGGGCACGUUCCAGCUUGACGAGAUUGCGGAGGCGCUGCAGCAUCUGCAGGAGCAGAAGAGGCGGCCGCUGCAUGGAAGGCGGACGAGCGAUUAUGACAGGGUGGGCGGGUAUGGCGGGUACGAUGCAUACGACCACCGUCGGUACUGAGGCGUGUGUACGGUAGUCUCUUUGUAUGUUUAGUUUCCGGUGUUAGAGCAGGAUGGCGCUGGGCGUCUUGGUGUGUUGGCGUAUACGUUGGUUGGCGUUUUGGGAGUCGCGGUUGCUUUGGCUUGUACACUUACGAUCACGGCGUGUCUAAUAUCAUGAAUACGAUGCAGUCACACAGCACUUGUCUACCUGCCUCCAUCACAAUCUCGAAGCAACUUUGAGGAUCAAAAGACAGAGCCGGCAAUGAACAACCAACACCAAAUCCCAUCUCGACCCCUAUUGAUCUUGUUCCAACCACUGCAACACAUACUUCACCCUCGCCCUUGCUUCACCCAACGACAUCAAAAA